AUGCAGGCCGUCAGACAAGGUGCGGCUUGCGUCGCCCGCCGCGCGCGGCCUUCAAUGGCUCGCCAGGUCCGCAGCUACGCCUCCGACCACGGUCACGCAGCUCCCCAGGUGGAAGAGAAGCUCAGCACAUCCUUUUACGUCUUCAUUGGCCUCGUCCCGGCCUCCAUGUUCUUCUACGGCAUCUCGCGGCCGGGCAAGAACGGCGAGCCCUCGAGCCUGACCACCUGGCUCCGGGGCUUUGAGUGUUUCCGCCAGGAGGACAUUGAGCGCAACGCGCUGCGCACUCAGCUAUAUGAGCAGGCUGCUCACGACAAGCACCUCUUCCUGCACGCCGAGAAGAACCCCCACAUUGACCUCAAGAUGCCCGAGUUGAUUGAUGCUGGUGCUCCCUGGAAUGUGCCAGCCGGCCACCGCGGCCGCAACGUCGGAGAGCUCACUGAGCACUUCAGGAAGCAGCACAUUGAGGAGGAGGAGCGGAAACUGAAGAAGUUGGCAGCGGCCAAGGAGUCGUCGUGA